CCUUUACUCCGCCCUGCGACCUAGAUCUAUAUUAGCCCAAAUCCCGUGGUUAAUACUAUCAAAACAAAAACAAAAAUACACCACUGCAUUGUACCUCUCAUUCUCCUAAGUCUGACCCAUAUCUUUCGACGAAUGAAAAUGAUGCAAUAAACAGAUCUAGACCCAAAUCGAGAACUGCGUUUUGGGAAAAAAUGGAUUUCUAGUUCUACUUAAAGAUCUAGAUCUAGAUUAUAUUUUGCAUAUUAGUUAACUUCACUUACUACAGUUGCGGAUUUCUUUUUCUAAUACCGGCAAGAAAAGAUCCCCUCUAGAUCUGUCCAGAGGUUCAUGAAACCUCAAAAUAUGACUGAUCGUGAGGGCUGGGUUGGAAAGCUAGACUUUAUUUUGACCUGUAUUGGAUACGCCGUUGGACUUGGAAAUAUUUGGAGAUUUCCUUACCUUUGUUAUAAAAGUGGCGGAGGAGCGUUUUUGAUUCCUUAUUCACUAUUUCUUAUUUUGUGUGGUCUACCGCUUUUUUUUCUGGAGGUCACAUAUGGUCAGUUCUCCAGUUUAAGUCCAGUGGCUAUAUGGAAAGUAACACCUUUAUUUAAAGGAGUUGGCAUUGGCAUGAAUAUGAUUUCUGGUAUUGUUUGCAUUUAUUACAAUGUCAUCAUAGCUUGGACUCUCUACUACCUAUUUCUUUCAUUUCGAGCUGCACUGCCUUGGUCUCACUGCGGUAACGAUUGGAACACAAUUCAUUGCAAGGAUGACAGCGGCUUUAGGAAUCUUACCAGUAACACAGAUUUGCUAAGCAAUCUCAAUCAGAUGGUUAUGAACAAAUCCGGAUACGAAAACAAUCAAAGUGAGAAGUAUGUUUCAGCCAGUGAAGAGUUCUGGGAGCGUUAUGUCCUAGACAUGAGUCGGGGUAUUGACAGCCCAGGGAAUAUCAGAUGGCAUCUUUUCAUUUGUCUAGCGGUCUCAUGGCUCUGUGUUUUUAUGUGUCUUUUUAAAGGAGUCAAGAUACUUGGCAAGGUGAUGCACUUUGCAGCUCCUUUUCCUUAUUUAGUUCUGACAAUACUGCUAAUACGAGGAUGUACGUUGCCAGGUGCUACCAAAGGACUUCUGUUUUACAUCGUACCUCGCUGGGAGAAGUUGACAGAUUUUAAUGUUUGGGGCGAUGCUGCUUUGCAAAUAUUUUACUCUGUUGGAAUGGCUUGGGGAGGCAUCAUCACCAUGGCGUCUUAUAACAAAUUUAACCACAACGUGUAUAGAGACUCUAUGUUGGUGCCUGUAAUUAAUUGUGGAACAAGUCUGUUUGCCGGCUUUGUCAUUUUCUCAGUGUUAGGCUAUAUGGCACAUGAACUCAACACCAGUGUAGAUGAAAUUGUAACUCAAGGACCAGGUCUAACAUUUGUAGCCUACCCACAGGCUAUCGCUACAAUGCCUUUAGCGCCAUUAUGGUCAGUUUUGUUUUUCCUUAUGCUAUUUACUGUUGGAUUAGAUAGCCAGUUUGGAAUGUUUGAAACUAUCAUUAGUAGCAUAAUUGAUGAAUUUCCAGAAAAACUUAGACACAGAAAGACAGUUAUCACAGCUUUAGCAUGUUUCAUUGAAUUCCUCCUUGGUAUAUCUUGUAUUACUCAGGGGGGCAUCUAUGUCCUUCAAAUUUUGGACUGGUAUAGUGCAAGUUUUUCUCUCAUGCUCAUUUCGCUGACGGAAUGUCUUGCUCUUGCAUGGGCUUAUGGCGUUGAUAACUUAUAUCGAGAUAUCAUUCUGAUGACUGGCAAGAAACCCCACUUCUGGUGGAGGUAUAUGUGGAAAUUUGUCACACCAACUGUGAUCAUAUUUAUUUGGACCUUCAGUGUUAUAACACUUGGCCCUGUAACAUAUGGACCAAAUUACAAAUACCCUUACUGGGCUAUCAUAUUAGGCUGGCUGUUGGCUGUCAUAUCUGUUCUGCCUAUUCCAGUUGUUGCGCUUUACAAAAUUUCAUCUAUUAGAGGAUCAUUCAGAAAUCGUCUCAAAAAGUUGUUGAGACCAGAUCCAUCAUGGGGACCAUCUCGGCCUGAAGAUCAUUUACGUUACAUUCAAGAGUUAGAAAAGACCAAGAAAGUUUCAAUCAAUGGAAGUAUGGAAUGUAGAAGCUACUCAAUAAGUAUGGGAGACUCAGAUGAAUCCUCAGUUGUGUUUAUUCCAAAAAAUUAGAUAUCUUUCUGUUUGAAUAAGUGAACAAAGUCAAAUAUUAGUACUACAAAAGAACUAGCAGAAAUUCUUUAAAUAUUGGUUAUAAUUGUUUAAUGUUUUCUCUUAUAGAACAUCUAAAUAGUAAGAAAUGUAUCUAAAGCUAAAUGGACAUCAAAACCCAAUGACAUUCCAUCCUAAACUGUUGAAUAAAAAGAUCUGCAAAUAAUUUUGUUAAAUGUUUGUUAAUUUUGUCUUUCAAAUAUUUUUUAAAGCAAAUGUAUGAAGCAUUUUUGUUCAUUUUACAAAAUUUUAAACUAAGUAACAAAAUGGAAAGAAAUUUUCAAAAAAAGAAUUGUAUCAAAUACAAAUUUAAUUGUAUACUUUAUAUGAUUUAGUAAAAGCUGUUUAAUGAUGUGAUCUGUGGAAUAUGUUACAGUGACUUUCUAUGAAAUUUUAAGUUUAUCUAUUUAGGCCCACCUUAUGAUAAAAGAAAUUGAGCAUGUAAAUAUAUUUUAACUUAU